GUCUCAUAUUGUGCCGUGAAAAACAACAUCAACGUCCAACUAAUUACCUUACAAAUAAUGUCUAAAAUCGGUCGUUAAUAAUAGAGUAACCUAACUAAUGAGUAUAAAUACAAUAAUUAUUUCAUCGCUUCGGGUAAAUGAGUGUUAUUACAAAGUAUUGUGAUUGUGUACGUAUUUAUUACGUAGUAGUAAACAAAUGUCAAUUAUCUAGAAGCAAUAGUGCGAAGCGGACAAGUAAUACGUUUAUCUGUUGUGGUCGAUUUGUAUACCUAUUAAAUUAAUAUAAAACUGGCGUAGAACGAGUUUAGUUUAUUUGUUUGCAUUUUGUUGUCUACUCUAAAUUUUAUUGUGUACCUAGUACCCAGUGCCUUAACGUCACAACUAAGUUUCAAACGUGAAUUUUAUACAUUAUGUAUUAACUGUAUAGUAUCUAGUGCGUAGAUCAGAAAUAGAUAAAUGUACAAAAUGGCAACAUUACCGCGGACAUCUAAACAUGCAGCUGGUAUAACUUCGCCUUUCAGCACGAGUCCGCGGGCGCUGCAGGAGAUGAGCAUGCCUGCUCAAGAAGGACUGGAUAACACCGUUGCCAGCGGGAUCAGUAUGAAGCAGUAUGAAGAGCAGCUUAAUGGAUUAAGAAAAGAGAAUUUUCACUUAAGAUUAAGGAUAUAUUUCCUUGAGGAGAAAUUAGGAAGCGGUUCACCACCAGCAGUUCAGGGACUUCUGGAACACAACAUUCGACUGCAGGUGGAAGUAGAGGAACUACGAAGGCAAUUGAGCGACAAGCAAGAACUCCUAGCUGUUGCGGCAGAAGCCAUCGAUGUACUUGAACACCAGGGUUCCAUGUCUGCCGACAGUAUUGAGAAUUCAAUGAACCACGGCAACGAAGUAGCAAAAGAAAUGAACACCCAGGAGACUGUGAAAAACCAGGCAAUAGAUGACACAUGUGCAUCAGAAUCUGCUGGAGACUAUUUAUGUGUCACAACAAAUAACAAUGAUAUGGAUGAGUUGAUCAAGCUGCGCAAAGAAAAUUCUAAAGCUCUUCAGAUGAUAAAAGGCUGCAUGAAGAAAAUUCAGCAGCAAGAUAAAGAAAUCAAUAAACUGAAAUUGGAUAAAGAACAAUCUCACAUGCAACAUGUCAGCGAUUCACAGAUUGAAAAAUAUGAUGAAAUUUUAAAAUGCAAAGAUGAGCAUAUCAAGGACCUCGAAAACAAGCUAAGGGAACUACAAAAGACAGUUGAUAAUGGCCAUAAUGACGAAGACGCCGGGAACCUGCAACAGUUGCUCACACGACGUCUCCAGGGUUUAGCUUUCUUUUUGGAUAAGCUAUUAGCGCAUAAGUGUGUAUUAAGCGAAGAAAAAAAGAAGAUGGCGGAGAGUAUAUUAGAACAAAGUCUAGCUCUACCCGUGGGUUUGCAGUUAGACGAAACCAUUUCAGCAGAAGGAUUUACGUUUGAUGACAGCAAUAUGGAUAUCUCACAGAAUCUUAGAAUUGAGGAUUUAACAAUAAUGUUCGGGCACCACGGGCUAUGUAGUGGCGAUGAUAACAAACUCACAAACAGAAAAUCUUUACGUCACCUACUGCAAAACGAAUGUCCUUCGGAAUCCGAGUGUUGGUCAGAACCGGACAGAAAUGUAUCUCUCGCACGCAUAGGACUAAAUGAUACAGCACUGGGAGCCAGAGAAUCUAAUUCAGAUAAUAACAGGCACAGGUCUCGACGAUCCCGCGUCUCCUAUGGCUCCCGUUCCGAAGACAAAACUACGAAUGAAGCAGCGUUGAUUGACGAAAUACAUCAGCUCUCAAAACAGUGUGAGGAACUUGAAUACGAGAAAAAGGAUUUAAACAGCCAACUGGAAUUUGCUAAGACCCAAAUAGAUGAUCUGAUUUUAGAAAAAGACGAACUAAAAUCGGCGCUAGCUUCCGAACACUCUAAAGUUGACGAAAUGAGUAAAGAUUCGGAAAACAUGAAAUGUACUAUUUCGUCUCUGCAGAUAAGGAUAAAGGAUAUCGAGCAACAACUUGUAGAAGCUAUUCAAAUUAGGGAUAAAUUACGUUCCGAAAGGCAAGAGCUUGAAUCUACGUUUUUGGAAACGGAGCGAGCUCUGCGUCGUGCUGCGGAUGACGCGACGGUCCAGGCGUCCCAGGCGGCCCUAGAGAGAGCUCGAGCUCAACACGACAAGAUGCGCAUUGAAAAAGAUCUCGAAGAUGCUCGUGAGAACUUAGCUAAGUCCUCCGAGAUUAUUGCUAACCUGGAAAUGGAAGUAGCACGUAAGGUGGUCGUAGAAGCGUGUAACAGAGUGCAGGAGGUACACGUGGCGCGUGAGGUCGAGGAGGAGGACAGACCCACGUCGCCUGAUCAGGGCAUUGACAGCGACAGACUGUCGAGCCUUGAACAUAACGAUGCUGUUACUUUGUCUACACGUUCAUUGUAUGAAGAAAAUGUGUCUUUGAAGCAAAAACUAGCAAGAACUAAAGCUACACUAGCAGACACACUUGCUCAAUUGAAUGCCGCCAAUAUGAGAAAGAAAAGUGUUCAGCGAGCUAUCUGUCGAGAGAUCCACAAAACCCAAGGGGUGUUACGUAAAGCUAGAGACCACUUGGAGAAUCCCAACUGAAUAGUUACGUACAAUCAUAAAAUAUUUUUGUACCCCAUUUCUAGUAUUUAACCACAUGUCUAUUCGCAUGAUUACUGCGAAUAACAUGCAUAACAUAUCGUAAUAAGUUUUUUUUUCUAAUUAAGAUGUACAAUUUAAUGAUGCUGACUUGUAUUAUAAAUUUUCUUU